CCCGCCAGUGCGGGCCGAGGCGGCCGGGCUGAGCGGCAACGCUCGGCGGGCUGGAGCAGCAGCAUGCCCUUGCCGAGGCGCCGGUCGUCCUUCUUGGGGCAGCAGCCCUCUUCCGCCGCGGCCGAGGGCUCGGGACCGCCCGGCCGCCGGGUGAGCGUCGGGGGCGGAGGGAGCCUGUCGAGACCCCCCGGCGUCUACGUGGGCACCGUCCCCACCGGCGGCGUGAGCAGCUUGGGCACCCGAGUGUCCCGCAGAGCCCUGGGCAUCAGCAGCGUCUUCCUCCAGGGUCUGCGCAGCUCCUCCGCCGCCGUGCCCCUGGCCCCGGGGCUGGAGAAGGGCAGGGGCCUCUCCUACGAGAGUCUGAACGGCUGCUUGGUGGAGUACAUCGAGAAGGUGCGAGCUCUCGAGCAGGUCAACCAGGAGCUGGAGGAGCACAUCAGAGUCUACCUGGACAAGAAAGCGGCCAGCGUGGGCAGCUGGGGAGCGCUGCGGGAGAACUGGGAGGCGAUUUACCAUCAGGUCUCAUAUCUAUCACAAGAGCUUACAGGAUCCCAUCAGAGAAGAAAAACGAUGCUCUGGGAGCUGAGGACGGCUCGCAGGCGGCAUGAGCAACAAGUAUUCCUUGGCUCACUGAAGACGACGACCCUGAAGAGGACUGCUGAUAUGGGAAGCGAAGCAGUCCUUGAAAAUGCUCGUCUUAUGCUGCACACCGAGAACAUUCAAGCCUGUGCUGAAGACUUUAAAGACAGGUAUGAAAAUGAGCAGCCAUUCAGAAAAGCAGUGGAAGAUGAAAUUAAUUCCCUGUAUAAAGUGAUUGAUGAUGCUAAUUUAACUAAAAUGGAUCUGGAGAGUCAGAUAGAGAGCAUGAAAGAAGAACUAACUCUGCUGUCAAAGAAUCACGAAGAAGAUGUGAAGGUGUUAUACAAGCAGCUUGCUGGAUCUCAGGUGGAAGAACUUGAUGUUCCCCUGGGAAGUGGCCUGGACGACAUACUGGAAAAAAUCAGAAUCCACUGGGAGAGAGACAUUGAAAAGAAUCGCGCUGAGACAGGUGCCCUGCUCCGUACCAAGCAACAGGCUGAAACGACGGCUGCCGUGCGAACCCAGGAGGAAGAGCUGGUGGAGGGCCUGAGAACCGAGUUCCAUGAAACUGCCUGCAAAAUACAGAGCUUGCAAGCAGAAACUGAAUCUCUGAGAACCUUGAAGAGGGGUCUGGAGAACUCUUUAUACGACGCCAAGCACUGGCAUGACAUCGAACUGCAGAACCUAGGCUCUGUCAUUUCCAAGCUGGAGGCAGAGAUGGGAGAAAUCAAAGUAGAAACCGAGCAGCAGCAGCGGGAUCGUGAAAAUCUGCUGACCAGCAAACAACAGCUGGAGAAAGACAUUGCUGCAUAUCACUGCCUUCUGGAUGGAGAACAAAGCAGCUGAUUAUGAAACUUCCAGCCCACAGAAGACCAUUGCCAUUAAAGCAAAAGAAGAUGUCACUGCCAAUUAUAUUCGUGGAAGCUGAAAACCCAUCAAAGCAGCCUGCUUUAUUCAGUUUGAUUCAACAAUCGAAGUAGGUUGUAGCUUGAACAACUUUAUUAGACUCUCCUUAUGCAAUUGC